AUGCUGGUGCUGAUGCUGGUGGCGAUGACCUUGCAGCUCUGGCCUCUGGGCAGAGCGUUUAACUUGUGCAGUAGCCACACAGUGAGGACAGGAAAAGUGUUUGCUAUGGACAAGAAAAUUCCUGGGAAAGUGCUGUAUUUUGAUUCUAAAACCACAAGCUUGAUUAAACAUCCUUGCAAGGAAAACUUGGCUGUGUAUUUAGGAGGACACGUGUUUUUUACCACGGACAACUUUGACAGCAGUAUCAUCCCGUUUACCAUCCCUUAUUCGAUGCAGGUGAGCUCGCCAGUGGUUACGUCAGCCCAUUUUGCCGGCACGGUCCUGCUUUUCGUGAUAAACCAGAAAGUUUUUGCUUACAACUAUGAGACCAACAAGUGGAACGCAGCCACAGGCAUAGAACACCCCGUUUCACAUGUUUCGGGUGAUAACUGUUGUUACAGUAGAAACAUUUUCUGUUUGAACAUAAGUAAUUUCGUUUUUGCAUAUUUGCAUGGAGAGAAGGUCUCGCAGGCUAAUCUGUACUACUCCAGAGACUCAGGACACAGCUUCGAGAAGUUCACCUUUAAGCACGUGGAAAAAAUUGACGGUACCUUGGGAGGCAUCUUCGACUUCCACGCUUUGUCCCAGGUUGGGCUGCUUGCUCUUGAUGGAAACACAGCCAAGUUUGCAUACUCAGACCCACCCCUGGACAGAAGCUUUGGGCUGCCGUUUGACUACAGUAAAAACCUGGAGGUCCUCAUCGCCCCCGGUCAGAAGGGCAUCCUGGUGCUCUGGAGUGGGCACAGCCUACAGGUCUCCAGAAACUCAGGCCAGCUUGUCAACACCGUCACCGUGAACGUGGGAGACAAAGUCCUGCAUUCGUCCAUAUUUGAGGCCAACCUCAUGAUCCACACUAUCGCUGCCAAUGAGAAUGAACUGGCCCUGUUGACUCAGGACAACGGUGUGUAUUAUGGCAGCCUGAACGCGCUCACUGCUUCUGUCAUCCAACUUUCACAGCAAAACCUCUGGACCCCGUACACGGCUCUGAUGUUCACCCAGCCUGGGGUGCUCGAGAUCCUGACCCCUGUGCCCGAUGUGAGCCACCCGGCAUUUGACUUCGUUAAGUGCUCCGUGAUCCUCCAGGAAAUCCUCACAGGGCAGCACCUCGCCCUGGACCCCUGCAAGAUAGAAAUUCUCCAAGGGAACUUUGAAAACCGAAUGUACACCAUCGACAUGAACAGUGAGCUGAAGUUAACCGCUACACUUACUGCCCACUUGAACAAGUCGCUGAUUCCACUGGACAUCCACCUGAAGCAGCAGCAGCAUUCCGGCAAGGCAGACCCCAGCUUCACCUCCAGCAUAGAACGACCCACAAUAUCCACUGUCACUCUGGAUGUGAUCAACAAAGAACUUUCCUGCAUCAACCUGCAGCCUCUGACGGCAAUCAUUUCAAUUGGAUGUGACCUGGAUAAGAAGAUUGUAGUUCACAAUGACAUCUCUUCCUGCUCCAAAGGCAUUCAGAGCCCUGUGGCCCUGCAGGACAAUUUCAGCUACAUCAUCGAGAGGCAUAUCUACGACCCCAACUUCCAAGGUAAGAAGGCCCACGAGAGCAAGAGGGUGCUGUACCCGUACGAGCAGCUGGGCUGUCCACUCCUGGUCUACUGCUACACUCCGUGGAAGCCUGUGAUCGAGCUGUGGAGAAACGACAAGUUCGAGGAGGAGAUCCACACGGAGUACGUCCUGCUGGAGAUGAACGGGAUCUUCACGUACUCAUACACGCACACGGCCGGGAUGGUGCUCUGCAACUCCCAGCCCCAGAACUGGACCAGCAUAAUGGCCAACACCGGCACCCACAGCCCCUUCUCCUGGAACAGAGAGAACUAUGUGAGCUGUCACAGUUUGGAUGGACACGUCCCUCUCCAGUGGCCAGAUGUCAGUUAUCAGAUCUUAGGCGGCCGGACCAAUAACAAGCUCCUUUUUGACCUACGGAACGGAAUCUACAUCUUCUGGCUUUCCAUCGUGGAUCCUUACUACAGCUACUGCCACCUGGAGACCACCUUCAGCGUCUACACCUACGGGGCCUUCCCACCGCCCAUUCAGGGGUAUGAGACCAUCAUCAUCACCCUCCUGGUCUUCUCGCUGCUGUCCACGUGGCUGGCUUACAUCAUCCCGAAGAUGAGCUUCGCCGAGAUAAAGCAAACAGUCCAGGGCUUCUGUGCCCACGUGUGCGGGUGCUGGGGACAGUACAGCCACCCAACCCAGCGGCGCCACCAGCACACUUCCUCCCAAGCAGAGGAGCCUGCGGCCCCAGGAGAGGGCCCCUCAGCUCACAAACACACAGAAUAG